CGCGUCCGCUAUAUAUUCUACCCGAAUUUCUGCAUUUUCCUUCUUCCAUCGGCGCGGCACACACAGACACACACAUUUCGUCGGAAUGGGAAGGGUGAUUCGCGCACAGCGUAAGGGUGCGGGGUCGGUGUUCAAGUCCCACACCCACCACCGCAAGGGUCCGGCGAGGUUCCGCAGCCUCGACUUCGGCGAGCGCAACGGCUACCUCAAAGGGGUCGUCACCGAUAUCAUCCACGACCCUGGUCGCGGUGCUCCUCUAGCCAAGGUGGCGUUCCGCCACCCCUUCCGCUACAAGAAGCAGAUGGAGCUCUUCGUCGCCGCCGAGGGCCUCUACACCGGCCAGUUCAUCUACUGCGGCAAGAAGGCCACCCUCGUCGUCGGCAACGUCUUGCCCCUCCGAUCCAUCCCCGAAGGUGCCGUUAUCUGCAACGUCGAGCACCACGUUGGCGACCGCGGCGUCUUCGCCAGAGCCUCCGGUGACUAUGCCAUUGUUAUCAGCCACAACCCUGAUAACGACACCUCUAGGAUCAAGCUUCCUUCUGGGUCAAAGAAGAUUGUGCCUAGUGGGUGCAGGGCGAUGAUUGGGCAGGUUGCAGGUGGAGGGAGGACUGAGAAGCCUCUUCUGAAAGCUGGUAAUGCUUAUCACAAAUUCAGAGUGAAGAGGAAUUGCUGGCCUAAGGUGCGUGGUGUGGCGAUGAACCCAGUUGAGCAUCCUCAUGGAGGAGGUAAUCACCAGCAUAUUGGUCAUGCCAGUACCGUCAGGCGUGAUGCUCCUCCUGGCCAGAAGGUUGGUCUCAUUGCUGCUAGGAGGACUGGUCGUCUUAGGGGGCAAGCUGCUGCUACUGCUGCUAAAGCGGAUAAGACCACCUGAAGAGAUUGUUAGAGUUUUUUUUUUUUUUUUAUAAGUUCUCAAAUUUUGUUUCUCUGAUAGUCUAUGCUCAUCUGUUUGGGUUCUAUUUUGAUCACCAUUUCUGCCAUAAAUAUGAAAGCUUGUAACAGGCGGUGUUUUACAUUGGUUUUAAGAUCUAUUCAAUCCUGCAACUGUUUGAAUUUGGAAUGCACUUAUAUAGCUCCCGCUUUUUUGUAGCUGCACC